AGAAGCCAGACGGAGCUUCUCUCUUCCACAAGUCUCUCUGCCUGCCAUCCCCCCAUCCCUGCAUCCGCCCCCACCCCUCCCCAGCGCCGUCACCCCUCCUCCGCCCCCGCCUCCGCCUCCCCCUUCCCCUCAGCAAUCAGGGGAAUAAAUCUGGGAGCAAACCCAGAGAGAAAGCGAGAGAGAGCGCGCCAGCGCCGGCGGGCUCGCCCAGGUCUGUUUCCAAAGUCGCCCUUGAUGGCGGCGGAGGCGAGGCAGCCGCGGCGCGGAGCAGCGGCCGCGCGCUAGAGGGUCCGCCCGCCACCGCCCCUGCCCCGGCGCCGGCCUGGUCCCCGCCGCCCCCCGCGCCCUCCCGGCUCCGGCCCCGCGCGCCGGCCCUCCAGACGCCCGCGGCCGGGCAGCAGCCUGGGCCCCGUCCCCUCCGCGCGCGGGCUCCUGCGCCGAUCCUUCCCCGGAUUGGGGAGGAAGGGGGAUUGAUCUUCGAUCGCGAAGAUGGCUGCUGGCUGCCUGCUGGCUUUGACUCUGACACUUUUCCAAUCUUUGCUGAUCGGCCCCUCGUCGGAGGAGCCCUUCCCUUCUGCCGCCACCAUCAAGUCAUGGGUGGAUAAGAUGCAAGAAGACCUUGUCACACUGGCAAAAACAGCAAGUGGAGUCACUCAGCUCGCUGAUAUUUAUGACAAAUACCAAGAUUUGUAUACUGUGGAACCAAAUAACGCACGUCAGCUGGUGGAAAUUGCAGCCAGGGAUAUUGAGAAACUGCUAAGCAACAGAUCCAAAGCCCUAGUGCGCCUGGCUUUGGAAGCAGAGAAAGUUCAAGCAGCCCACCAGUGGAGAGAAGAUUUUGCAAGCAAUGAAGUUGUCUACUACAAUGCAAAGGAUGAUCUUGAUCCUGAAAAAAAUGACAGUGAGCCAGGCAGCCAGCGGAUAAAACCUGUGUUUAUUGAGGAUGCUAAUUUUGGACGACAAAUAUCUUAUCAGCAUGCAGCAGUCCAUAUCCCGACUGACAUCUAUGAAGGCUCGACAAUUGUGUUAAAUGAACUAAACUGGACAAGUGCCUUAGAUGAAGUUUUCAAAAAGAAUCGAGAGGAAGACCCUUCAUUGCUGUGGCAGGUGUUCGGCAGUGCCACCGGCCUGGCUCGGUACUAUCCAGCUUCUCCAUGGGUUGAUAAUAGUAGAACUCCAAAUAAGAUUGAUCUUUAUGAUGUACGCAGAAGACCAUGGUACAUCCAAGGAGCUGCAUCUCCUAAAGACAUGCUUAUCCUGGUUGAUGUGAGUGGAAGUGUCAGCGGGUUGACGCUCAAACUGAUACGAACAUCUGUCUCAGAAAUGUUAGAAACCCUCUCAGACGAUGAUUUCGUGAAUGUCGCUUCAUUUAACAGCAAUGCUCAGGAUGUAAGCUGUUUUCAACACCUUGUCCAAGCAAAUGUAAGAAAUAAGAAAGUGUUGAAAGAUGCAGUAAAUAAUAUCACGGCAAAAGGAAUCACAGAUUAUAAGAAGGGCUUUAGUUUUGCUUUUGAACAGCUGCUUAAUUAUAAUGUUUCCAGAGCCAACUGCAAUAAGAUAAUUAUGUUGUUUACGGAUGGAGGAGAAGAGAGAGCCCAGGAGAUAUUUGCCAAAUACAAUAAAGACAAAAAGGUGCGGGUAUUCACGUUUUCCGUUGGUCAGCAUAAUUAUGACAGAGGACCUAUUCAGUGGAUGGCCUGUGAAAAUAAAGGUUAUUAUUAUGAAAUUCCUUCCAUUGGAGCAAUAAGAAUCAAUACUCAGGAAUAUUUGGAUGUUUUGGGAAGACCCAUGGUUUUAGCCGGAGACAAAGCCAAGCAAGUCCAGUGGACAAAUGUGUACCUCGACGCACUGGAACUGGGACUUGUCAUUACUGGAACUCUUCCAGUCUUCAACAUAACCGGCCAAUUUGAAAAUAAGACAAACUUAAAGAACCAGCUGAUUCUUGGCGUGAUGGGAGUUGAUGUGUCUUUGGAAGACAUUAAAAGACUAACACCACGUUUUACACUGUGUCCCAAUGGCUAUUAUUUUGCAAUCGAUCCUAAUGGUUAUGUUUUAUUACAUCCAAAUCUCCAGCCAAAGCCUAUUGGUGUAGGUAUACCAACAAUUAAUUUAAGGAAAAGGAGACCCAAUGUUCAGAACCCCAAAUCUCAGGAGCCAGUGACACUGGAUUUCCUUGAUGCAGAGUUAGAGAAUGAUAUUAAAGUGGAGAUUCGAAAUAAAAUGAUAGAUGGAGAAAGUGGAGAAAAAACCUUCCGAACUCUGGUUAAAUCUCAAGAUGAGAGAUAUAUUGACAAAGGAAAUAGGACAUAUACGUGGACACCUGUCAAUGGCACAGAUUACAGUUUGGCCUUGGUAUUACCAACCUACAGUUUUUACUAUAUAAAAGCCAAAAUAGAAGAGACAAUAACUCAGGCCAGAUAUUCAGAAACCCUGAAGCCAGAUAAUUUUGAAGAAUCUGGCUAUACAUUUAUAGCACCGAGAGAUUACUGCAGUGAUCUUAAAAUAUCAGAUAAUAACACUGAAUUUCUUUUGAAUUUCAAUGAGUUCAUUGAUAGAAAAACUCCCAACAACCCAUCCUGUAACACAGAUUUGAUUAAUAGAAUCUUGCUGGAUGCAGGCUUUACAAACGAACUCGUCCAAAAUUACUGGAGUAAGCAGAAAAAUAUCAAAGGAGUAAAAGCAAGAUUUGUUGUGACUGAUGGUGGGAUUACCAGAGUUUAUCCUAAAGAAGCCGGAGAAAAUUGGCAAGAAAACCCAGAGACAUAUGAGGACAGCUUCUAUAAAAGGAGCCUAGAUAAUGAUAACUAUGUUUUCACUGCUCCCUACUUUAACAAAAGUGGACCUGGUGCCUAUGAAUCUGGCAUUAUGGUAAGCAAAGCUGUAGAAAUAUAUAUCCAAGGGAAACUUCUUAAACCUGCAGUUGUUGGAAUUAAAAUUGAUGUAAAUUCCUGGAUAGAGAAUUUCACCAAAACCACAACCAGGGAUCCGUGUGCUGGUCCAGUUUGUGACUGCAAAAGAAAUAGCGAUGUAAUGGAUUGUGUAAUUCUAGAUGAUGGUGGAUUUCUUUUAAUGGCAAAUCACGAUGAUUAUACUAAUCAGAUUGGAAGAUUUUUUGGAGAGAUUGAUCCAAGCUUGAUGCGAUACCUGGUGAAUAUAUCAGUUUACGCUUUUAACAAAUCUUAUGACUAUCAGUCAGUAUGUGAGCCCGGGGCCGCACCAAAACAAGGAGCAGGACAUCGCUCAGCGUAUGUGCCAUCAAUAGCAGACAUAUUACAGAUUGGCUGGUGGGCUACUGCUGCUGCCUGGUCUAUCGUACAGCAGCUUCUCUUGAGUUUGACCUUUCCAAGAUUCCUUGAAGCAGUUGAGAUGGAAGAUGAUGACUUUACGACCUCCCUGUCAAAACAGAGCUGUAUUACUGAACAGACCCAAUAUUUCUUCGAUAAUGAUAGUAAAUCAUUCAGUGGUGUAUUAGACUGUGGAAACUGUUCCAGAAUCUUUCAUGUGGAAAAGAUUAUGAACACCAACUUAGUAUUCAUAAUUGUUGAAAGCAAAGGGACUUGCACCUGUGACACACGACUGCUCAUACAGGCGGAGCAGACUUCUGACGGUCCAAAUCCUUGUGAUAUGGUUAAGCAACCCAGAUACAGAAAAGGGCCUGACGUCUGCUUUGAUAACAAUGUCUUGGAGGAUUAUACCGACUGUGGCGGUGUUUCUGGAUUAAAUCCCUCCCUGUGGUCUGUCCUUGGAAUCCAGUUUGUACUACUUUGGCUGGUAUCUGGCAGCAGACACUGCCUAUUAUGACCUCCUACAACCAAAUCUACAUAAUUAAACUCCAGACCCUGCCAAAACAUGACCCCUCAAUUACACUAAAAUAGGGUCAACUGUCGAAUCAGCAAAACAUUUGCUGGGCCUAUACCAUGGCAUAAUACCAAGGCGCUGACUCAUGAGGCACCCCCUGGCUGCAUGUCAGGGUGUCAGAUCCUUAAAUGUGUGUGAAUGCUGCAGCUCCUAUGUAUACCAUCAAAGCAAAAUCCUACAUGUGCUCUACUGGGAAAUUUGACAGUUCAUUGUUGCAUUGUUGGUGAUUAUACGUAUAAGGGCUCCCCAUACAAUUGUUUAUGAGUCAUAAGAAAUGUCUUGAUUUCGAGCUGGAAUUUUGACUUGCUGCAAUUUUAUCAAGAAUAUCUCUAGGGGAGAAAAAAAGUUAUUUUUACCUUCUCUCAUCCUUCUGUUAAAAGUUAAUUCUUCUUUUGAAUAGUUAUUAUUGAAAAUAUAUAUAGAGAGAGAGCGUGUGUGUGUGAGAAUUAACAUUGGUCUAAAUUGUUGAAAUACAAAUAAUGGCUGAUUUUCUACAAAAAAAAAUUGCCAUUAAUAAAAUGCCUUAUGAAGAACGGCUUCUCUGCCAAGGACAAAACACAAUUGAUGACCAAUUAAAUUUUGGUGGGGUAAAUUAAUGGCUUAAAGAUAAUAACCAAGGAACUAUUAAACUAAAGGUGCUUGAGGGUGAAAUUUGAAUAUGUGACAUAUUUCUCAUAAAUGUAAGCAAGCCCUUCAAUGCUUUGAUGUGCUGUUCCUUCUGUUCACAGUACAGUUAUGUAGUGCUAGCCAGAUAUUUUACAAUGCUCUACGAAAAGCUUGUUGGGGGGAGGGGGAAAUGUCUUUCUUGUGAUAAAUGAACUUUGGUUAUCAAGGGUAUUCUGCAUGAUGCUGCUGCUAUUUUAACUUUUCAGUUUGUUUUUCUCUUUCUGUAGAGUGUAGUCCAUUGAAAAGUUAACCGAGUGACAUUAUUGUUAUGUAAGAAUCUGAACCUUGCAGUGUAAAUGCACUUAAGUCAUCUUUUAAAAUGUUGUUAAAAUACUCUGAAUAUACUGUACAAUGUAAAUGUUGAAUGAUUGGGGUUAGAUUAUGGUGAAAUGAGAAUUAAUGGAUUUUAUACAGAUUCUGUGCUUUCGCCUGAAAACCUAUGUACAGAUAUUUUAAGUACAUAAAUCAGAUUUGACACAUUUAUUUUUUGAAAAGUACAUAUAUGUUCUCAGUGAAGAUUCAUCCUAGGUUUCCUCUUUGUUCGUUUCAUGAGUAGCACACACAAUCCAGAAGUUUCUGCUACUGCUGUUUUAUCCCUCUAUUUUAAAUGUUAUGAUCAUUUCACCAAAAUUUCUAUCCAAUUUGAUGAGGGUUUUACAAUAAUCUGAACAAAUAGGAAACCUUGAAUCUAUAUGUAUGCACAUGAAUACUUGAUUGUGAAUAAUAAAAAUUGUUUUUAUACAGCCUCAUUGGUGAAAAUAAUUAGCGUAAUAAAUCAAAUAUUUCAUUAUAGAUUAAUAUGGUAGCAGAAUAUUAUUUAUGCUUCUAAAAAUUAUUUUAAGAAGUAAACAGUAUUUGAAGAAAGGGUAGAAACCAUGAAUGUGUAACUCCAGGGAUAUGAAAAAUUUUAGUGAAGGCUGAAAGUAUGUAGAUAUUUUUUAUGGCAAUAUGCAUUUUUCUUUUUUUGAACAUGCCAAAUAUGGGUGUGUGUGUGUAUAUGCUGGAAAUUUUAUUACAUACCAGUUUUAAGUCAAAAUUAUUAACAUUAUCCAGCAUGCUUUAAUACACUCCACAAUGUUAUCAAAGAUAUAACCAAUUCUUUAGAAUAAUUUAAAAGAUAAAAUUUGUUUUGUCUUUAGCUUUGCAUACAUUUGUAAUUUCCUUCCAUCACCACAUAGCCUAGGUACCUUUGUCUAUGUUUUCUUAUUUAAGAUUUUUUUAAUUUGGAAUAGGGGGAGGGGGAAAUGGAAUCACUUUGCGAACUAUUGUUCUAAGAAUUGACAUCAGUUACCAUUUCUAAUGCAUUGUUGUGAUUUUGUAGUGUCAUUCAUAAUUGACAUUUUAGAAAACACCAAAGUGAUUUAAAAAAUACGGAACUUCUCUAGUAACAAAUGUUUAAAUUAUGUUGUUUUUUAAUUAGAUAUUUAAAACUUACUAACUUUUGCUAGACUAUUUUAAAUCAUGAAAGUGUUGGGAAAGGGAUAUUAAACUAUAAAAUUGUUAGUUUGUGUAUAUAAAAGACACAUUAACACACAUGUUGACUUGCUUCCAGCAUACAACAAACUACCUUAAAAUUACAUUUCAAAACUAUUAAAUAUAUUUUCGUGGCUAAUGUCAGUUAUUUGUUUUCAUCAACAUUAUUGUUGUAUUAAUCACAAUUAAACUUGGCAUCUCUGGGCAGGGUCCUAUUUAAUUUCUGUUGCCAUCGCUACAUAUUUACACGCAUGAGUCUUGCUAUGGCCCUUUGUUUUCUUAUAAAUAGGGUUACAUAUUAUGACAGCCACGUAACAUAAUAAUAAAUUGGGUAAGAACUUGCUCUCUAACUAAAAAUUGUUUUCAUGACUGAUACAAGUUUUCAUACUUUUAGUAUACAUUUUUUAAAAACAAUAACACUCAUCCCAUCAAAUUGUUAUAUUAAAUUUACUACUUCUCUAUGGGUUUUGUUGACAAAUAUUGAAAUUAUAGCCUGUUAAGAAUAUUGAUUUCCAAAGACUAAACAGUACAAUGGAUCAAUAAAAAAGCUUAGAAACUGUUUUUAUUAUUUAAUUUUUGCUGUACUCAUGUAGCUUAAUGUAGCUUGUCACUAAAACAAAGUCAAAAUUAGUCUGGCGUUAGUGUGGAGUAACCGGAGGGAAUUUCGCAUUAAUGGUUUAUUUAUUUAUUUUUUCUUCAUUUAAACAACCAGCAUUACUGCCAAACACCAGUCGUGGUCCAUAUUUGUACCAGGUUUUUAACAUUGACAUAGUUAGCAAGUUUGAUUGAAGAGAUUUUUAGGUCCUGGGCCUAUAAGAUUUUAGUAAGAUCUUUUUUCAUGUUUCUAAUGCUUGAGGCGUUAUUGCUUAACUUGGAAAAAAAACACAACAGUGUUGCCGCCAUUUGUAAGUUUUCCUAAAUAUUCCUUUUAUUAACUUUAAAACUGGCCUUAUGGGGUUCAAAUAGGCAGUAUCCCUUUUAAGUGACCUUUGCAACCCAAGUGUUACUUGCUUAUUUGAUGCUCUCUAAUAUUUCACAUCUCAUUUCAGUCUCUGUCUCCACCAAAGCUUAAAUUUUGUCUUAAUUUGAAACUCUUCAGCUAUUUCAUUGAUCAUGUUAGUUGACAUUAAAAUGUUUAAUGAUAUAGUCUAACCUAGUGAAACAAAAUGGAUGUUGUGACUUUUUUAAAGUGUGAAAUAGAAUGGCUAUUUCACUUGCCAAGAAUGUUAAAUAUUCUAUUAUUAUCUGAAACUUGUGUUGUUUCCCAUAGCAGAAUGUUAAUAUUGUUAAUAUUCAGUGUACAUUGCUGUAAAGAGCAAAUCCAUAAAACAAGCUAUCAAGUGUUGAAAAUUUCCAAAAUUGUGAGGAUGUAGACAACUCUUACCAAUAGCUUCAUUACCUUAUUUCUAGUUCACAUAAUUAUCUCAAAGAAAUUCCUCUAACAGGAUACUGUCUUGUAUAGAUGCCAUGGAGUUUCUAAUGUGACUUGGUGAAGCUGUCUUUUUUGUUGUGCUGUAUGAUUGUUGGGUCAUGCUUUUCAGGAUACUUUUAUUGAAACACUCAGUGUGCGUCCAUGCAAAAGGCCAAAUGGCUUUUGUGAACAAUAGAUCUUUUCUCCCCCUUAUUAUGUUCUCUUGACUCUUUUGUGAAAAUUAACUGGCCUGAUAAAAAAAACAUUUUGUAAAAAUUUGUAUAAUACUGUUAUAAAAAUAUUUAUAAUCCCAGAAGAUGUUGUGUUAAAUCUUGUGCAAAAACAGUAUAUUCAGAAUAAAAGUUUAUCAUUUAAAGUCA